GGCCGCACCCUGCACCAGCCUCCCUGCUCGGAUGCUUUGGCUCCUGGCAAGGUGGAGCUAUGCGUCACGUGGUGCGAGAGGCGGGGCCGGGGCCGUGGGGGAGGCUGGGAAUUGGGCUGUGGUCAGCGCCUGGCCCCGCUGGUUGGGAGUGUACGGCGUUGCGGUAGCGAGAAGGGUGUAUUUCGGCUCGGAAUAAGGGGGUGACAACCACUGGGGCGGACACUUGAGAAGCUUGCGAGAAGCGUCUGGAAGGUGCUGAGGUCGUGGAGGACAUGUUGUCGACAUGGAGCGAGGGUACCUGGUUCCAUGACAUGGAGAGCACAGAAGCGGAGGAGUGCAGGCAAGAACAUUGGAAGCUUUUGGGUGCCUUGAAGACUACUGUGGAGGGACUGCUGUCAACCAACAAUCCAAAUGUUUGGUCCAAAUAUGGAGGAUUGGAGCGACUCUGCAAGGAAAUGAACAACAUCAUGUGUCAUGGACUUCUGGAAGACAAGAUAUAUUUACAGCAUAAAGAUUACUGGCCAUUUGUGAAAGAUGUCUGCUGGGUCAGUCCUCACCUUGCCCACCAUAUUGAACAGUUGAUGGACACCGAUGAACAAUCUAUCCCAAAGAGUAAUCCUCAGAAAGCACAAUAUUGGCUACACCACAGCCUCCAGUUCCAUUGUUUGUCAUCGCAGCUAAGACCUUUGCUCAGCAACUACAAGUAUACAAGGAAGUUUUACAAAGACACUGCUUUUCUGUUGAGUGAUCCCCAUGUGACUGCAAUGUUCCAGUGUCUAGAGGCUGUGGAACAGAAUAAUCCUAAAAUAUUAGCUCAGAUUGACACAUCUGUGUUUGCAAGGAAGUUUGGUACCUUCUUACCAAUGGUGAAAAGCCAAAGUUUGACUGCAUUGCCUGGUAUCAAGUGUACCUCCCUCUCAGAGGGAGGCCAACAAAGACAUACAGCCUCAUACACCGCCCUCUCGGGUCAUUCUACUUCAAACAUUUCAGGUGCUACACCACAAGGGUUCAUUAAUAACACUCAGCAAGAGACCAGAAAGAAGGCCCAUUUGACAUGCUUUCCAGAUUCCACAGACAAACUGAUACCAGAUAAAGGCUCUGGCAUCCACCAGUUCAAUAUCAUUCCCUCAGUGGAACCAUUUUCUCCAGUCAGUGAGACAACAGUUAGUACCCCAGUUAGCCAUGGUGAGGACUCAUGGGGUGAAGUACAAGAUGAGGGAUCGAGUGAAAUUGAUGAUGGACCAGAAUAUUUGGCUAUUGGAAACCUGGGUCAGAGGGAUCAAAGUUCAAGUCAAUGCAGCGAUACCUCAUCUUCCUAUUCUGGAGGUUCACAGAAAAUAGCUCUAGCUGCAGGGCAAGUUCCUAAAAUUAAUGUUAACUGUAGUGCAUCUUUACUGAAUAUUCCAAGAAGUUCCAGCUUCUCUGAAAUCAAGGCUCUGGAACAAAGGGGAGGCUUCAAGAAAAGCCAUAUCCGAUCCCAUUCUGAUACUGGUAUAUCAUCAACAAAUGCACCAGAAUCGCAUCCGGAGAUUAGACACCAGGAGUAUGGUCCUUUCUCGGCACAGAACAGUGAAGUCAGCACUCCUAGCUCUCCUUACAUGGAAGCAGAAGGUUCACAGCAUACAAACAAUUCUGAUGGAAUGUUUCGCCGACCAUCACAGGGCCAGUCUCUGAUCAGCUAUCUAUCAGAGCAGGAUUUUGGAAGUUGUGCUGACUUGGAAAAGGAGAAUGCCCAUUUCAGUAUCUCUGAAUCGUUAAUUGCUGCCAUUGAACUUAUGAAAUGCAAUCUAAUGAAGAAACAAAUGAUGGAGGAUGAUGAAGAUGACAGUGACAAAGAAAUAAGGGAACUAAAACAGAAAAUUCGAAUUCGGCGGCAACAAAUCCAAACAAGAAAGCUCUUGCCUGCAGUCAGGAACUCUGAAUCAGACACCUUUACCACCACAGAAAGUGGGUCCCCUUUCAGUUCCCAUGAUUCUGUACCACUAUCAGAUUCUGGAUCUACCACUGAUGGAGUAGACGAAUUUGAGUUAAAAGAUUGUAUUGAUGAGUCUAACCUCAUUCAUAUGUCAGCGAAUGGGCUCUCAGCAUCAAUGGCAUCAUUGUUUUCAGAUGCAGAUAUUAGGAGGAGUUUGGCUUCAAGCACCAAGUCAGUAGUGAACUCCGAGUCCAUUUCAUUUUCAUUCCUUCAUUCCAACUCUGCUGAGGCAGUUGCUAUGGGUCUGCUAAAACAGUUUGAGGGGAUGCAACUUCCUGCUGCGUCGGAACUGGACUGGUUGGUUCCAGAGCACGAUGCUCCUCAGAAGCUUUUGCCAAUUCCAGACUCUUUUCCGGUAUCUCCUGAUGAUGGUGAACACGCUGAUAUUUACCAGCUACGAAUCAGAGUGCGUGGAAAUUUGGAAUGGGCGCCACCUAGGCCACAAAUAAUCUUCAAUAUUCACCCAUCCCCUAAGAGGAAGGUGGUUGUUGCCAAACAAAAUUACCGCUGUGCAGGAUGUGGUAUCAGAGUGGACCCUGAAUAUAUAAAGAGACUACGUUACUGUGAAUAUCUAGGAAAGUAUUUCUGUCAGUGCUGUCACGAGAAUGUGCAGUCGGCAGUUCCGAGCAGAAUAUUGCGGAAAUGGGAUUUCAGCAAGUAUUAUGUCAGUAACUUUUCUAAAGAUUUGUUGAAUAAAAUCUGGAAUGAUCCACUUUUCAACGUUCAGGACAUUAACAGUGCUUUAUAUCGCAAAGUGAAGGCCCUCGAUCAAGUUCAUAUGCUGAGAAUGCAGUUAGUUCACAUGAAGAACCUAUUAAAAACAUGCAGGCUGGCAAAAGAUCUUCUGGAUACCUUUGACAGGGAACCAGGUCACCUCACUGAAGAUCUUCACCUAUAUUCGCUAAACGAUCUCACAGCUAUAAAGAAAGGGGAAUUGGCUGGAAGGUUGAAGGACCUCGUAAAGUUAGGCUCAGCACAUGUGGCACAAUGUAUGCUUUGUCAGGCUAAAGGCUUCAUCUGUGAAUUCUGUGGUAAUGAUACUGAUAUCAUCUUCCCUUUUGAGCUCCACAAAUGUAAGAGGUGUGAAGAAUGUAAAGCAUGUUAUCACAAAUGCUGCUUUAAAUCAGAUCAUUGUCCUCGUUGUGACCGAUUUCAGGCACGUAAAGAAAUGCUUGCUAAACAAACCAUAAAAUGGUAUUCAUCGGAGGUUCAAGGAGGAGAAAAUGAGAACUCACAGGGUAUAGAUUGUGACUGAGCAAGAAGACAACAGAAAUUAACAAAAGUACUUGAAUUUUUGCAUGAAGCAGAGUUGAAAUUCAUGCACUUAUUUUUUUUAAAUUCAGAACUGGCACUAUCGCCCAUACUUAGACUGCAUACUGAAAAUGCAAUCUAUUGCCUUCCAGGAACAAAGCUUAAUUUGGUGAUAUUGUCUUUGCUGGUCAAUAAGUUAAUAACACCUCAUCCGUCCUUAUUAAUUUGACAAUUUAUGUUUAUUUAAAUGCUUUUAGGAAGUCUGUGUUUGAAUGUUCAAAGGCUUUUUGUGGGGAAUUGAUGAUUUGGGGGUGGGGGGGGGGAAAGAGAGUGUUCAAUCUGAGCAGUCUGUGUGUUGCAUGUAUCAUAGCCCUGAAGCUCCAGGUUGCAUUCUAGGAACUGCCCAUAUCCAUGUUGGAGGAAUGGUGUUUUCAGUCAGUUAAACUAAUUGCAGUUGCCAUUUGCAUCUUGGCUAGUGGAAAAAGAUAUACUUGUGUAUGUGGUAUUCUAUUUUGUGUUUAACAAAUAGAUAUCACUGCAUUAUUUUUAUUAGUGCUGAAUUGAAUUUAUUUGGUAUUUUUGGGAUUAGAAGCUGAUGGGAUAGAUGAUGGGUCUUUUGGACACAACUGUGAAGAACUUUAUUCAGUACCUUUAAGACUUGCCAAGAAUGUAUAGAUCUAAAAUUCAGGUUAGCAGAAGUAAUUCAAAUAUGAAGCAUUUAUCAUGAAUGUAACAAUUUAGCUUCUCUUGUGCGUGCACUGUCAAAACACCAUCUGAAAUGUUUGGCCAGGUUGUUAGAAAAGUGGCAUGAUUGAAAGAGUCUUACUAAUAUUAAUUUGUUAGACUAUUUCAUUGUACUGAUGAGCAAACUAUGAUUAAGUCAAUCCUCUAUGAAUGCAGUAUGACUUGUAGCAAAAGAUAUUUUCAUUUACACUCCAUUGUAAAAAAAAAAUUGUGAAAUGUGGUAUUGAAUAUCAUCACAAUUAUUUAUUGUUGUUGUUUGAGUUUGAUUCGUAUCUCAACUGUUUAUAUUUUAUGUGAAAGUUCAUUUGUUCUUUUUAGCUGCAUAUACUAAUGUAUAAUGUUAUAUCCUCUGUACUAAAUAGUUUGAAGAUCAACUUUGUUGAACUGCUGCACAAAACAAUAUAGUUUAGGUUUAGACAAAAUGGAAAAGAAGAGAAACAUUUACACCUCAUGUUGAGGAUUUGUAAUUGUACUCUUUAGAUAAAGCCAAUUAAAGCUCAUUUAAUAAUGCAGCAAGAUCUCUGUUUAGUAGUGGAGGGUUUGCAGAUUUAUUGUUUCAUUAGGAUGCUUUAACAUGUUUAGAUAAAACUUUGUGCCCAUUUCAGGCAACCAUGUGGCUGUAAACAAAAGGGUGAUAGUUUAACUGAAGUUAUAGACAAUCUUGUUUGUCAAAUAAUAAGAUCAAAAGAAAAAUAUUAUAUUGUUUGCAACAGUGUGAGACCAGCCCUUAGUUUUAAUCCUAAUAUAUUUACUUCUAACGUUCCAAUCUACUUGUUUCUAAAGGAACUCAGCCCAAUUUGUGUUCAGAGUGAACUUUGUAAUAAAGGCAUUGUUAGGUUUGUCAAAACUUAUUUUUAAUUAACAACCUGUUUUGGGAUCCUUUCAUUUUUUAGGCCAUUCUCCGUCACAUAUAGCAGGUCUUUAAUAUCACUUUCUCUCAAUUCUGCUUGUCCAGUGUGGAAAAUAUAAUGAGGUUCAUUGCAGUCAAAUAAUGAAACUGAGUUUGCUUGUAUGAUCUUGUGUCAAAGAUGAACAUUGUAUGUCAGUUAAAAGGGAGAUUUGCAAUUGAAAAUGAAGUGCUGAGAUAGACACAUCACCUCUUAAUUCAUAAAGAGUGGGAGACUGAUACUUCCUACACAUAGGAAAGAUUUCCAUGCUGCAUUAUUCUGAAAAGGUGAAGUCUGAGAAUUUAUCUGAGUCUUGAGGUAGUGCACAAGAACAUGAGGAGGAGGAGGAUUAGGCCUAUUGACUCUGUGAGCCUGCUUUGCCAUUCAACAAGGCCAUAGUUGAUCUUCUACCUCAACACCACUUUCAUGUCAUAUCUCUUGAUUCCUCUAAUAUCCAGAUCUGUUUUGAACACAAUCAAUGACUGAACCUCCAUAGCCUUGCAACAAAACCCAACAUGUCAUUUAUCUUCCUAAUUGCCUGCUGUACCUCCAUCUUAGCUUUCAGUGCCUUGUAUGCAAGGACACCCAGCUCCCUCUGAAUAUGAAUAUUUCAUAGUUGCUCACCAUUUAAAAAUACUCAGCAUUUCAAUACUUCUACUGAAGUGGAUAACCUCUCAUUUUAUUGCAUGGUACUUCAUCUGUCACAUUGUUACCCACUUAGAUUGUCUACCUCUUGUAUCCUCAUCAAUAUUCACACUUCCACUUGGUUUCUUGUCCUCAGCAAAUGUAGAAAUAUUAUUUGGUUGCAUAAUACAAUCUUUGCACUAUUCUGCUGUUUGGGGAUCCUUUCAUUUUUUAGGCCAUUCUCUGUCACAUAUAGCAAGUCUUUAAUAUCACUUACUCUCAAUUCUGCUUGUCCAAUGUGGAAAAUAUGAUGAGAUUCAUUGCAGUCAAAUAAUGAAACUGAGUUUGCUUGUACUUUGUAUUUAUGAUUACCACGUACAUUGUUUACUCUGUGAGCUUCAUGUGAGCAAGGAAUUUCAUUGCACCCUGGUAUAUGUGACAAUUAAUCUAAUCUAACCACCCAAGUCAUUGAUAUAAACCAUGAAUAUUUGAGGCCCAAACCACUUGUCACUGUGCUAUCCUAAAAAGGACCCAUUUAUUCCUGGUCUUUGCUUUCUAUCUGUUAUCCAACUCUGAAUCCAUCCUGGUAAAUUGCUCCUCAUUCUAUGAAUUCUGGCCUUAUUGAGUCUUCUGAAAAUCCAAUUAAAUCAACUUCUUCCCCCUAACCUACUAUACUAGAAACCUCAGAGUUCCAACAGAUUAGUUGUUCAUUUCUUCUUUUUCAUAAAUUCAUUUUGACACUGCUCAGUAAUAUUUUCAAAAUGUCUCAAUAUCCAAAUCCUUUAUAGAAUCCAGCAGUUUCUUCACUUCUGAUGUCAGGCUAACAGGUCAGUGGUUCCCUGUUUUGUUUUGUUUUGUCUCCCAGCCUUCUUUAAUGGUGGUGUCACAUUUGCUAUAUUCCAAUAUGAAGGGACAGUUUAGAAUCUAUAGAAUUUUGAAAGGUGAUAACCAGAGCAUCCACUAUCUUCAUUGUGAUCUUUUUUCUAAACUUUGGGGUGUAGAUAUUUUGGAUCGGUCAGGUUUCAGGCUUAUUAACUUUUCUAGUUUUUUAAAAAAAAAUUUAAUUUCAUCACUUGAUCUUGACCUUUGGUUUCCCAGUUUUUCUGGGAGGAUUUUUUGUCUUCCAUAAAGACAGACUCAAAAUUUUAAUUACUCUUAUUUCCUUGGUCCUGAUCAUAAAUGUUCUUGUCUGUUAGCGUCCCACACUUUCUCUCACCAGUCUAUUCCCUUUCAUAAAAUACCUAUAAAACACUUCUGUAAAAUCUUGGCAAAGUCUUCAGUGUAAUCUACAUCUAAUGUAGGAUUUAUAGUUGAAUUCUUUUGGAUGGUGAAUUGCAAAGCACUUAACUAUUCUCUAAAGAACAUACAUUUGGUUUCAUUUUGGGUGGCACAGCUGCUGCCUCUCGGUUCCUGUCACCCAGUUUCAAUCCUGACCUGUGGAGCUGUAUAUGUGGGGUUUCCAUUGUUCUCCCUGUGACCAAGUAGGUUUUCCCCAGCUGCUCUGGUUUCCUUCCUUAUCCUAAAGAUAAGCAGGUUGGUGGGUUAAUUGGCCACUAUAAAUUUCCCCUAGUAUGUGGUGAGUAGUAGAAUCUGGGACAGUUGAUGGGAAUGUGGGGAAAAUAAAAGUAGGAUUAGUAUAAAUGGGUGCUUGGUUGGUGUGUACUUGAUGGGUCAAAGGGCCUUUUUCCAUACUGUAUGAGUCUAUAUUCAUUUGUAGAUUCACUCCAUUACAAAUAGUGGACAAUUUACAAACAUUUUGAGGUGAAUAGGAAUUCGACUUUGAAAUUGGGUUCUUGCUCCUAUUAUUUAAUACGUGUAGUACUCAGUGAAUUGUUAAGGUAUUUGUAAAAUGAUUUACAAAAUCCUCAUGGCAUUAUUGGCAAAUGCAUCAUUUGGGUGUGAUAGACCAAGUUCAAGGUAUAAGAUAAGGUAUCUUUAUUAGUCACACGUACAUCGAAACACAGUGAAAUGCAUCGAAACACAGUGAAAUGCAUCUUUUUGUGUUGAGUGUUCUGGGGGCAGCCCACAAGUGUUGCCAUGCUUCUGGCACCAGCAUAGCAUGCCCACAACUUCCUAACCCCUACGUCUUUGGAAUGUGGGAGGAAACCAGAGCACCCAGAGAAAACCCACGCAGACACAGGGAGAACAUAGAAACUCCUUACAGACAGUGGCUGGAAUUGAAUCCGGGUCGCCGGCGCUGUAAAGCGUUACGCUAACUGCUACACUACCUAAUUAAGUAUUUUUGCUGAUUUUGUUCAAGGCAACAGUGAGGUACCACAGUGGGUUUUAGUAUUCCUAAAAUUUCACUGUGUAGAUGAAAGUGCACAUGUUUAGCUGUAUGAAGACAAAGUUGUACUUAGCUGUGAUGGCUCACAUGAUUAAAUAGCCACUAUCUAUUCAGUUUGAAAAUGAAAUGUGGAAUACUUCCAAGAAGUACCAGUGGGCUGCUGCUGCCUGUGCGACUAUAACCCAGACGAAUUGUUACCUAGGAAACACAAAUGAAAUGAUUACAAAAAGUACUUGUCAGGAACAUCUAAAUGUGUAUGAUUUUUUUCAUGCCAGUUUUCUACUAAAGAGCUGACUCUCCUGGUAAUUUCUUUGGGUCUUUCGUUCGAGUGGCCAUUAUUCCUGUGUGAGCUGUGGUAGAUGUUUCAUCAAGGUAUUUCAUUGUGGUGGGUAUUUUUCACAGAAAUAUUCUAGCACAUAUUGUAGAGUGAUCACAAUCACACUUUCCUUUGUUCCAUUAUUCUGGAGAUUAGGUUAAAACUCCUCAUAACAGAAGACAUCUCUCUGGCCAAGGAAUCAGACUUCCAACCUGUUUGGUCAGGAUGAACUGGAUCAUUGGGGAAACUGGACAGAUUUUGUCACUGAUUUUUCUUUUAAUUUGAAACAUUUUAAAAAGUCAAUUUUUCUUAUUAUAGUUUUGAUUUGGAGGUUUUUCAAUUUUGCAUCUAUUAAAAGAUACUCCUUUUAAACCUCUAUGGCAAUUAAUUGUGGCCUUUGAGCAUGGAUACCAGGUAAUAAUUUAUUUAGGGAGCAAGUUCCCACCUUGUUAAUAUCUAAUUUUUGUAGAAUGACAUGCCUUUUCUCUGUUUUAGUGUGUCAUGAUAUACAAUCUGAAUAUUUUAAAUUACAGAAUAUGAAAUGUCUUUAAGUGAAAUUCUUAAUGUUUUAUAAAUAAUAUUUUGUCUUCGUUACUCAAUGUCCAUCUUGUGCAUACGCACGCACAGUCUCGCUCUCGCACUCUUGCACUCUUUCCUUCUUCUAAGUUAAUCAAUCUCCAAUUGAUAAUCCUACGUUUUAGAUCCAUAAACAUACAGGGAAGACAUAGUAGUGUAUCGAGCCUCUGAUCAGCCAGUUUUCCUCUUGUGCCAUCAGGUUGUCUAUCAGUCAGGCAAAGAAAAUGUAACACUUCAUUUGUUUUUCAUUACUUUUCCAAAUUAUUUCUGUGUAUUUAAAAAUGCAGAAAUUGUAAUUGUUCUUGAACAAUUUUGCUGUGGAUUCCUCUUUGAAUCUGCUUUUUUUUCACCUAUAUAUAUAAAUAAAUCUGUUCUCCAUUUUUAGUAUGUUACUUCCUGUUGAGGAAUUUAUGAAGAGGGAAUAGGACUUAAGGUCUAUUUGUUAAAUGGGAAUAGCUGCUGAUAGUUUCGGGCAGAUCAUGUGAAUGUGUAUGCUAUGACAGUUUAUUAAUCUUCAUUAAAUAUUGUAUAUUCCAGUAAGAGCAUAUCUGGAUAAUAUGACAAUAGUUUGUGAAUGUUUUUCUUGAAUGUCUUGUGAUUUUUGCAUAUUGUAAAUAUAAAGGGUACAAAAUGUCAUAUGCUUCUAAUUCAUUCUGUGUAAAGGGAGGUGAGUGGUUUUCAUGAUUUAACUUUUAUGCAUUUGCAAGAGUAAACCACUAAACAAAUGUUUUGUGCAGUAACUACAGUUGCUAAAGACAGUUCCUGUGUUCUAAAUAUUUUCAGAUGUUUAAUGCAUGUGAAAUAAUCUGCUAGAGAGGAAGUUUUAUUCUCUGAAACUUUAUCAAAGCCACCAAGUGGUUCAGCCAUUUUAGGAAGUUAAGAUAUCCUCAGUAUCUUUAUCUUUUGUGCAGAUCUGCUGUAUUAUGGCUUAUUAGUGGGAAGAUUGAGUGUAAAUAAAUUAGUUUCAUACAUUAUACUGUUUUUUCUAAGCAGAUGUUAAUAUUGGGAAUUUUUAAAUAUUCAGUUACUUUGAUUGCACUUCAGGUUGCUAAUUAGUAAAUAUACUGAAUAUGGGCCAGAGUGACUGAGUAUUUGGUUUUAUUUACUUAGGCCAUGUUUUGGGACUAUUCCAGGAGGGAUAUUAAGAGGGAAAUAUACAUAUUUAAAAUGGAACAGAAGAUUAUAGGAAUUUUCUUAUCUGUAAUUUCAGUAAAUAAAGUGUGCAGCAUUGAACUUUUAAACAAGUUUGAGAAAUACUCUGACUAGCGCUCCAUGAAAUGACAGAAAAAACCUGGGUGAUGUGUAUUUUGGAUAACAGAUUCACUAUCGCCGAUUAUACAGUCCUUUCAAAAUUAAAUGUCAACACUUUUUUCAAGAAUAAGAUGCAGCAAAUCAAACUUCAGUCAGUCAGGCAAAUGCAUGGACAGGUAAUAAAAUUCUUAUUAGAUGACUUGUAUAACUAAUAUAAUUUCUAGAGUGCUAAUACAGUUUCCCUAAUUAUACCGAUUUAAAAUGAUCUAUUUCAUCAAGUGCAAUCUGAUAGAUAACUGACAACAUGCAGAAACCUAAUGUCUUAUUCCCAGUUAAUUUCAUAAAUUAAAUCCUAAUGAGUGUAAUAUUUGCAGGAUUAUAUAGCUCUUGCAUUUCUAUGUUUUUCUAAUUUUAAAUAAUGGUGUGCUAAUUCUGAAUGU